CCAUCCCCAGCCCACCGAGCUCCCUCCAUCUUGCUCCCCAUGGCCGAGCGCCCUCCCGUCCUCCAACUCGCCAGCGCUUGGCUUCCUGCUUGCCAAGUCCAUCUCCCUCCCUAGCGCUGUCCCACCUCCUGCUCCUCCACGGCGCUCAGUUCCAGCUCGCCGGCUGUGCAACUCGCCCAUGGCGCCCAUCUCUCUGGCCGCGACCUCCCUGCUCCUCCUUUCCCCAGCCGCGGUCUUCCCUGCUCUAGCCCAGCCGAGCUCGUCCCUGCGCGCGUGUUCUCCUGCGUCCAGCCGAGCGCGCGAAACUUCUCUGCUCACGGCACUCCCUGUCUGCUCGGCCAUGGUGAAACCCUCCUUACCAUGGAUGCCGGAGUUCCUCUGCUCGUUCUCAUGGCCGCCGUCGAGCUUCCGGCGCGCGCCCAUCUCCUCUGCUCCCCCGCGCGCGUCCUGGGACUCUCCAUCGCGCCGAUCUGUGCCCGGCCGUGGCCGUCGAACUCGCCCAGCUCGGAUUUUUGCUUGGUCGCCCGCCGUUUACCAGUACCGUGGUCUCGCUCGGACGCGUACUGUCAAGAUUGUUCCUGCACGCACGCCCUGGUACCCCUGCUCGCUGUUGGGCCGACCGUCAGCAGCUUCCCGGCCUCCGUCGUGCUCAGCAGCGAGUAAUUUAUGUCGGAGCAGUUACUGAGACGCCCUCCUUUGCGUCGUGCUCGCCAGAUCAAGCCUCGCGUCGUCGAUUUGCGCAGUUCAUGUUCGGCAAUCGGUUUAGUCUCCGUCGAACUUCUAUUUACCGUGACGCCGAGCUCCUUCAACACUGCCCCACUCCGUUGUCGUUAUUCCGUCGCCUCACUUCGAUGUCAGUUCCUUCAUGACAUCUCCUACUUGUGUUCGCGCCGACAAAAGGAUCCUAAGAGAAUGUGGAAAAACAAGCCCCAAGUUGAUGCCUCAAAUACUCGACGAAAAGCCUGAACUAUAAAUUAUCGUGGUUCUUGCAGAGUUCGCGUCGAAUUUAAUUUUGGAUGAGCUGAUUUGCUACUACUAUUAUUUUGUUUUAAUGAAUAGAUUGAUAGAUAUGUAGGUUGCGAUGAUUUUUUUUAUUUAGUAUAGGUACGCUUAGUAAUUAUGGCUAGCUCCGUUGUUGUGUCCGUGUGCUGUUACGUGACAAUAUAAUUGUUUUUAGAAUAAUGAAGUAGUUGAGUCAGAGAUUGAGGUUUAAAUUUUAGAUGCAUAAUUAUGCAAAAUAUAGAGGUAGACAUGGAUGCGAUGUAUGAUCUAGUUAAUGACGAGACAGAUAAGUUUAAUAUUUUAAUC